GGCAGGGUACUUCCGGCAAGAGGGCGGAAGUGACGGAGGGAGCGGCGGCGGCGGCGGCAGCAGCAAUGGAGGACAGGUUUUGUCCAGAAUUACUCAACUAUCCAUCCAGGCAAUAUCCCAGGGAUUCAUAUGAGGAAUAUAAACCAUAUGAAGAUCUGCCCUUUGAUGACUAUGAAUCUUCUCACAGAGAAGAGAGGUGGGGGAAUUUCGGGGCUCGGACACAGACAUCUCAUGAAGAUAAUAGAAGAUUUUAUGAUGAUCACGAUGAUUACUACUCUACAGAAGAAAACUUUUUGGAUCAGGAUGAGAGAGAUGGUUCUUUUUUACACUACAAUGAGUCAAGACGCCCUGAUGGAUUCAGUGGGGGCCGUGGACAAUAUGAAAGAUCAAUGAGCUCUAACAAUGGCAGGAGGGGACCUAGGAGCUACAGAAGAUCAGUCAGCCCUGGUGGUCCUCCGGAAUUGUAUAGAAGACAAGCAGACCCUCCUGAUUGGCGAUCUCAAAGUCCGGUUGACGACACAAGAGACCAUCAAUUCUAUGGGAGAUCCCAAAGUCCCGGCGAGCGAGGCAAUCAAAGAUCAUACAUGAGAUCCCCAAAUCCCGAUGAUAAACUAAGACACCCAGAAGAAUACAGGCAACCCUGGAGCCCUGGUAGUGAGAACAGGGAUCUGGGAUUAAACCCCAGAUCUGAGAGCCCCAUUGACAAAAGUGAUGAUGAUUUGUUCAAAAUAUUAAGUAACGUCAUUAAUGCUCGACGUUUGAAAAAUGAUCCCCCUCCCCCAUCCUGGAGAGAUCCUCCCAGAGACUCCUCUCCAGUGGAUUCUUCCGUUUAUCGGACAGAAUUACCAAUGGAAGGGUUCCACGAGGCCGAGAAUUUUCACCCUGGCACGAACCAGCGGCAGUUUCCUUGUCAAAACCGGGGGGGGUCAAACCGGCGAGGCCGUUCUUUCCUCGGACGUCCCAAGGGUGCAAGAAGGCAGAGGCCUGAGCACCCAAAGGUUUCAGGCCAGCGUGGCUUUCAGGGCAGAGGCAAUGCUGAUUCAGUGGCAACGACCACAUCCAGCACGCCCACAGCCCCCCAGAAAAACCUUCCAGUUUCACAGUCGGUAGGAAAUGCAUCUGCUGCCCCAGCCACUCAAACAGAACUGGGACAACAGAUGAUAAAAUGGGCCGGUUUCCAAAGCGUUGCUUUUGAGCAUUCUGGUAAAUCUAAAUGUAACCCCAACACAGAUGCUUGUUCUAAGCUAGCUAGGUCAUUUCAGUGCUUAAUGACAAAGCAGCACCUAGAUUCCUGUCGGUUAGCAACAACGGCACGCCUAGGCCUCAAGUGCCCCAGGAUAGAUAACUCUUUUGUGAACCUGCUCCGAGAGAAGAGCGUUAUCACAAGUAGGAAAGAUUUGGAUAAAGUUCUAGGUCAUGAAGAACCACUCUUGCAGGAGAUCCAGAGGCAACUCUUGGAAUCCCUCGGCCCACUGCUGGGAGCGUGCAACAGCUAUGAGUCCAGCUCCACAACAAAGCCCUCAGAACUCAGCAACGCACUCGAGAGCACCGUCAUGGCUUGUCGGCAAGCCAUGGUGCUUAUUGGCCAAACCUUUGCCUUCCUCAGCCAGGAAAGGAGAGUGAAUGUGCUAAGGAAGACUGGGCUGAUCUCCGUGGCUCCAGAAUACGAGCAUGUCCCAAAUCUCGAAGCUGGUCAUCUUUUUGGGAAGAAGUAUGAGAAUGAGCUGAGAAAUAAAGUGGAGAAAGUUGCUCUCCUUCCGGUAGACAUCUGUGAAUCUAGUCCUAGUAAAGCAGUGGUCAAAGAAGAGAAAUAUUCAAAGACAGAAUCUGAAGCCAACCCAUCAAAAAUCCAAUCUCCAGCAGAUGUUAAGCCCAGCAAGCAGGCAGAAGAGGGAACUCCAGCAACAGACACCAGUAAUGGGAAGGAGGCAGAGGAACAACUUCCACUGGAAGAACCCGGCUCCCAGAUCAGGGAAGAGGAUGGUUCAAUGCCAGGAGAUGCCAGCCCUCAGGGCAAAGCUGAGAAUGAUAAGCCGGACCCUGAGGCUAAGAGUGAGGCUGACAAAGAUCCUCCACAAGUAGACAUUGCCGCCAAACCUGAGGCAGAGGAAAGCUCUUUUCCCCCUAUUGACCUGACCAAAGAAACUGAGAACAUGCCUCCGCCAGAGGAUGAGCAGAUUAAGAUCAUUGCUGAAAAAUUGGCCAAGUUUGUGGCAGAAAAGGGGGAGGCAGCAGAAAAGGUUGUUGUUCAGUUCAAAAAAGACGACCCCAAUUAUGGGUUUUUAUUUGAAACGGAUAGCAGCGAGCACAAGUAUUACAAGCAGAAAGUGGCGGAGUUCUGCAAAGAGAAGGAGACCCCUGAGCCAAGCCAGACUGAUGUGAGCCCGGAAUCUCCAGAGCCCACCAAACAGGAAGAGGAGCCAUCAAUGGAAGAGGCAUCUCCAGAAAGUGUCGAGAAAAACACACAAGACUUGCUGCAGAAUGAAGAUGACACUCCUGCCAGAUUGCAAGCACAGUUGCUGGUGAAGAUUGAAGCCUCUCCUACCUGCCCCACACAGACAGAUGAAGCCAACGAAGAUGUUAAAACAAGAAUCACUGCUGAGAAACUGGCCAAGUUUGUGGCUGAAUGUGGUCCUGGGCUGGAGGAAAUUGCUAUCGAAAAUAACCGGGAUAACCCCACUUUCCGGUUCCUCUACGAUGAGAACAGCAUCUACUACAAAUACUACAAAGAGAAGGUGAGAGAGUUCAGCAUUGGAUCUGAAAUGCCGGAAUCCUCCUUGGAUCCUGCUUUAGAAACUGCAUCCGCGUCCGCCGUCCGGUCCAUCCUGCAGCCAAAGAAGCGAAAGGGGCUGACGCUGAAAGUGGGUAUGCUGCCACCCAAGAAAGCCCGUCCGGUGGGACCCCCGUCUCCUGUUCGAGAGCUGAAGAGAAUUGGAUAUGACAAAUUGGCACACAAUAAACAGAAGAAAAAAUUGAAAAACGAAGACAUAAAUUACACUCGAAACAAGCUGGCAACAGACAACCUCGGUUACCAGAUGCUACAGAAGAUGGGCUGGAAGGAUGGAGAGGGGCUUGGCUCAGACAAGCAGGGCAUCAGAGACCCCGUCAACAGAGGCGUCACGUCAUCAGACCGGUCAGGCCUGGGAGUUUCUGGCACGCCAAAGCAGGAGGCACAGGACGAGGACAAUGAGUUUGCAACUUUUCGCAAGCGAAUGACGGCGGCUUACAGAAGCAAACUCUCUAAAUCCUAGGUUAACAAUGGGCUCUUGCUACCAGCAAUUCCGGAAACCAGAGAGAAGUGGAGAGUGGUCUUUAUCGCACUGACCGCACAGCAUGGUGGAUGCCUCUUGGAAGUGAAAUUGCCUGUAAAUCUUAAAUGCUUAUAGUAGAACGUUCACGAAAAGCAAGUCUGUUCCACCUGGUGACCUGGUAAGCUGACUGUGUGACAUUGAAAUCCAGCACUCUGGUUGGAGAGGUGGAAUCAAAAUGUUGUUUGGAAUUGAAUGAAUAUCCAAGGUUUAAAUAUUUUGGUUGUUUUGAUGUCAGAGGAUGACCUAUUAUAGGAUAGAGAUGCUACACUUUUAAUAUCUGUCCACAUAUUCCACUAUUUUAGAUGUCAAUUUUCUUUUGAGGAUUCACCAAGCCGACUCCACUUCAACACCACAUGUUCUUUCAUUCCCUCACUGCCAGGCAGUUCUAGGUAACCUUGAGUGUUGCAAAUCCAAGGUAGGUAAGUAUCUGAACACUCAACCGUGGCAGUUCAUAUCUGUCAGAGUGAGACAGUGGAAGUUGCAGAUAAAGUACCCAGAGACUGAGCCGGUAGUCUCAUUAACGACCAAUGUCAACUUUCUCCUCCAUCAUCACUAUCCAGUAUUUAAUAGCCACUGGAAAUGAACCAAAUAUUUUUGGUGGUUUCAACAGAUGGAACCUCAUAGAGUGACCAUUAAUGGGAGGGGCUUUUACCACAUUCUGCCAACAGGAGGAAAGGGCAGGGUGGGAGGGGGUACUCUGCCUGACCAAUCGACCUCUGCGGUUCUUAAUGGGUUAUUUACACUACUAGAUCUCAGUCCAAAUCGACAGAAGGUCACACCUCACACAGACGUAGGAAGCACUGAAGACGACACUUUGUGGGAAGAAAAGCUCAGUGUAUCAGGUGUGUUCCACUGGAGGUGCGAGUUAUGAGGAUUCUAGUAAAAUACUGUUUGUAUUUUUUUUCUAAAUUUGUGCUCUCGCUUUGCUUGCACUUCUGUUUUGUGUAAGUGGUGUCAUUAGUAAAACGUAUGUGUGCCUACUAUUUUUGUAUUACUCCUUUUAACUGAAUCACUGUACAGCUUGCAACCAUCAUAUCCUUGGCUGCAGCCGUUAUGUACUUCUGCACAGUUGUAGUAAAAGUGCCACCUGAGAUCUUCCUGGAACUGUAUUAGGAACGAUACCAGAUAUUUUUGGGUGGGGAAGUAAGGGGGUCUUUGCUAGUGAACGAGUUAAAGAAUGUGACCAUUUCCUUACAGAUGUGAAACUAUCUGGAUAAGCUAUACUGGAAAAUAAAGCAAACCUUUAAAUAUGUGA